CUAACUAGAUAGCGAUGAAGUCAUUCAGAGUUGUUUCAUUCACAUUCAUGUCCGCACGAGUCUCACUCUUCACUUCAGUAGUGAUAUCCGCCGGAUAACCAUCUGAUAAGACUGAAACCGGAUCUACCUCUUUAGUUUAGUGAUUUUAUUGAGUUUUGCAGAUCAUGAAAAAGAUGUUCGGUCGAAAAGAAGUCAAUUCUCCGCCGCAGAUAAGCCCCACCGUGGCGCCAGCGUAUACUAUUGAACGCUAUUCCGCUUAUUAUCCAAUGAAUCAUAAGCACCGCGGCCAAGCAAUCAUAUUUGCACACUCGGUUUUCGCUGUGCCAAACGUGAAGUUACCAAACAGAGAUGGUAGUGAUGUGGAUUGUGACAUGCUGGUGGAAUCGCUUGAGCGCUUGCAUUUUGAAGUGACAUUGUACAAAGAUUACCGGCUAAGUGAUAUCCUUAGAGUGACGGAGAAAGUUUCCUCAAUGGACCAUUCCAACAGUGACUGCCUGCUGGUGGCUGUCUUAUCGCAUGGCGACGAAGGUGAAGUAAUCUACGCACAUGACACCCCCUAUCAGAUAUCGAGCAUUUGGACACAGUUCACCGGGGACCGAUGUCGGACGCUUGUAGGAAAACCAAAAAUAUUUAUCAUUCAAGCAUGUCGAGGAAACGAGUUGGAUUCCGGCGUUAAAGUCGAAAAGGAUGGCGUAGCCAGAUACAGUAUUCCAACGAAUGCCGAUUUUCUGUUCGCGUUCGCUACAAUUUCGGGCUUCAUGUCCUUCCGAAACACCAAAAAUGGUUCCUGGUUUAUUCGAGAGCUGUGCAACGAGCUGAACGAAAAUGGACAGCGACUUGAUAUGCUUACGUUGUUGACUUUUGUGGUUCAAAAAGUAGCCUACGGUUAUGAAUCAUAUGCUCCAGUCCAUCCAGAUCACCACAUGAAGAAGCAAACUCCCUGUGUGGUGUCCAUGUUAACCAGACUAUUGCUGUUCAAUAAUGUGUAACUUAUCAGAUGUAAAAAGUUUUUAAUUCUUCGCAUGACCAUGUAAGAUCUAAUAAUCGAUAACAGGAAAUCUAUCGUACAUUUAAAACUAUGUAUGAAUCGCUUUGAAUGUUGGUCGUCUAGUUUACAUUCCAAAGAUAAACGCAACAAUCAUCAGGAUUCUUAGUUUUAUAGCUCGCGUAGCGCUAACAACAUUAAACAUCAUUGUUUUAUUUAAUAUGAGUUUUAAAACUGUUAUUUUAAAAUUUCACCAAUAAAUUUUCGUACUAAAACAUC